CCGCGGUCGCGGUCGCCCGGAUCCGGAUAAUGCGAUGCGCGAUCGGAGACGCGGCGUGACGCGGUGAGACGAGCCGAGGAGAAGCGAGCGCGAACGAACAGAAGCGAACGGAAGCGAGAGAACGGUGGUAGUAGCGUGGAGAGACGCGGCGGUAAGAGGCGUUGCGGUGAAGCGAUAGUUUGUUCCGUCUCGUGUACAGUGUCCCGUGUCCCGAGUCCCAUGUGUUUCGACCACGCCGCCUUCGGUCUCCAGUUCCAGUCUCGCGACGGAGAUCGCGGCUGUCGCGCUCGUGGUUCGAACGGCGGAUCGACGGCUCGCGUUCACGGAUCGGCGAUCGCGCGGUCUCGGUGACCCCGACGACACCGACGCGACCGUGCAUCGGAACCGAUCGAUGGAGGACCGGACGAAGACACCGACUCGAGAAAAAAACGCGAGAGGCACCGCUCCGUCGCCGUUGGAUUCGGUAGAGACGGACGAUCGUUCGCGGCUGUCGGCGCUGCGAGCACGAUAAAUUCGUAGGAACGACGAUAACGGGAAAGAAAAAAGGCGAGCUCGUCGAAGCGCGGCUGGAUUCGAGUAACUUCGAGUGACGUAAGUCGAGCCCGAGUUGCGGACGCGUCGGUUUUCCAUCGUCCAAUGGUUGUCUCGGUUCGCGUCGCGCGCGGGAGUUCGAGCGAAUCGAGCAACGCGUUGCUGCCGUUUGCUGCAGUCGCUGCACCCGAGCCGCGAUCGCGAUCGCGAUCGCGAUCGAUCGCCGAGAUCGAGACGAGAUCGGAACCGAGUCCGCGUCUCUCUCUCUCUCUCUCUCUCUCUCUCUCGCUCGUUCUUUCUCCUUUUCUCGCGCGAGCCAGCUUCUCGCGUCGGACGCGAAACAUGGAUACGAGAUCGCGUACAGUUUUGCCCGAGCCUGCAAUUACGCGAGUUUAUCGCGCAGCCUCGACACGAACAACGGCAGCAGGGUGUUGUCGUCGAUAGCAGCUGUACGCGCGUGAAACGUUCGGGCUUUCGGACCGCUGCGUCGAAUCGCCUCCCGACCUCGGCGACACUCGUAUUUGAUCCGAAACAAUUGACUUUCGCCGCCUACGUUGACCGGUUCGUGCCUCGGCCGAUAGAACGACGCGGCGAGUCCGUCUCGCUCGCGCCUCGUUCCUCGCGGCGGUGCUCUCCGCGGACCGCGCGUCGCGUCGCGUCGCAUCGUCGGAUAGCCGAACGCGGCACCGGUGCGGAAGAGAAAAGUGCGAACGAGUGCGGAGACGCGAGACGCCUUGGCUGGAACCGGAGGGCGAUCGCGAGCUUUCCUUCGACGAUCGUCGCAUCGGUUUCAUCGGCGAACGUCCGACGCGAACCGUCGACAUGGUGGGGAGUUUGACGUUCGUCGCCGCGACCAGAUUCGAGGAUGAUUCUCGAGAUUGCGCGAAGAACAUUUCGGAUCGCCUGUCGCCCGGAUGUCGCGAUCCUCGGGUGCAAAAGCUACCGUGGGAACGAACGGUGAUCGACGACGUGUCGACGAAUUUAACGAUGCCGGCGACCGCCGCAGCGUCCGCAACGGCAACGGCAACGACAGCAGAAACAGCACCAGCUACCGCGACCGCGACCGCUACCGCGAUCGCAACCUCGGGCUCGAACUCGGACUCGAACACGAACACGACGACGAUCGCACCAUCGCUGACGACGACAUCGAUGACAUCGAUGACGCGCGAUCGCGAACCCGAUGCAGCGACCGACGAGCGAAGAAUCUACAGCGAUUGGUUCCUCGCGAGCUGCGCGGAACUCGCGAGUUGCAACGAUUUGACGCGGGACAGAGGAAUCGGCACAGCGACAACCUGGUUCUUUCAGGUUCGUCGGCGUUGUUCAAACAUUUGCAAUUGGUUGCCGAAGGUGUGCUCGUGCACGGAGAACGGCGUAGCGAUUCCUUGGUUGUCCGGUCGGCCGAUGAGACGAGUCGGAAGUUACGAGCGUUUCGGAUCCAGAGGCAGCGACGUCUUCGAAUUUGGUCGGACCGCGUCGGCGGCGACGGUGGCCAGAGUCGAGGAACGCGCCAACGGCGAGCACGGUGGACGUUCCCGCGACGAUCAUUUCGGCAACGAUCAAGUGUUGGAGUUGCGUUUUCACAACGACGACGACGACGACGACGACGACGACGACGACACAUGGAACAGCUUGCUCGUCGAAGAGAAUCUUCGAGCGGACGACGCGUGUCGGCUGCUGAAAGUGAAGCGGAACGUUUCCGGUAACGCUUGGUCGAUCGUCGAAGAGUGGCCGGAAUUGGGAAUUGAGCGUACUCUGGAAGAUCACGAAGACAUCGUGGCCGUGCACAGAGACGCGAGAACGUUCGCGUCUCGGUUCCGCAGCAAAUUUCUCUUUCGAACGGAUUAUCUCAAGUACGAAUUCUUCGUGGAUCCCAAGCAAUUCUUUCCCUCCGAUAUGAUCGCGUUUCCUCCAGCCGACAAUUCCAACGACAACGAGAACGGCGACAGCGCGAACAGCGGGGCAACGUUGAUCGACGAGGAGAGCGCCUUGAGAAACUAUCUGCUGCAAGAGAACGCGCCGUGCCCGCAGGUGUUGAGCCCGGCGUGGGUGCGGAACGGAUAUUUCGACGCGUGGAGGAAAAUGUACUUGUUGCUGCGAAACGAAAAGCUCUACGUGCUCAAGAAGAUGAACGAGUUAUCGACGAGGCGGUUUCAGAGGACCGAGCGGCUGACCACUUUCGCCCACUUGUCGGAUUUCGUGGUGUACAAGAUCGCGAACGCGAAGGGGCCCUUCCGCGCACCCUUCGAGUGGGGCCUGUGUCUGAAACCGUCCAACACCGGAGAAACCAAGAGCACCGUGGCCGGAGAAUCCUGCGUCAAGGUGGUCGCAUUUCAAACCGAAAGAUCCCGCGUUUGCUGGCUCACGGCCAUGAGACUCGCCAAGUACGGCAAGCAGCUCAGGGACAACUACAGAGCCUACAAGAACAAACAGUGCGAGCAAACCAGCGGGGAUAGCGCGAAGGAACGAUACUCUUCCUACAAUGUGUCCAACGAGUCGGUGCGGUCGCUCGUGGCCAUGGACUUUACGGGAAGCGUAGGAAGGAUCGUGGACGAUCCGAAGGAAGCAAAAGGUAUCGCGGAGAGCGAGGGAAUCGAUUGGAGGCGCACCUGGAGGCCGUUCUUGAGACCGCCGCCGGGCUGCGCGGUGGUCAGGCUGCACGGGCUCGACGACGGGAUCCACGUUUUGCAGCCAUGGUUCCACAGGGGACUCAAGAGGGACAUCGCGGCGGCGAUCGUCAGGGAUCACGGAUCCGUGGACGGCGUGUUCCUGGUUCGUGAAAGCAAGAGCAACUUGGGAGCGUACGUGUUGACCUACAAAUACAGCGACAAAGUGUUUCACGCGCAGAUACAGCCGGUUUUCGACGAGCGAUGCAACUGCUGGCUGUACACGCUCGACAAGGGGGUAACCAAGUUCUACGAUCUGCUGCAGUUGAUCGCGUUCUACCAGCUGAACGCGGGCUCGUUGCCCACGAGGCUGACGCACUACGUGCAGAACGUGGUCCCGGGGUCCCUGCCGAUCGCGGAGGAAGACGGGGCCUCGCCUUCGUCUCCCACGCCUCCAUCGCCUCGUUCGCCGCCUUCUCCGCCGUCGUCGCCGGCCUCGCCUUCGUCGCCGUCGCCCUCGCCGACGGAGACCGCUCCUCGGUUCGUCGCGACCGCGAGCGACCGACCGGAGAAAUUCGCGAGCCACGGGUCCAUCCGAGGAUAGGAUUUUGAGCGGCCCGAUAGCCUCGAACGGCCCUCCGGGGCCGACCCUUCGACGCGAUCGGGUUGCUGGAGUUUGUGCCUCUGCAGUUACAGCAAGUGGAGUCUGUGAGAAGAGGAGAGCCGCGGUUUGCAGGCUGCGACGCGCCGGGAGCGCGUGCACCCGAGGACGGCGAACCGACGACAGAUGCCGUCGUCGGAUGCUUUCGGUCGGUCGGAAACACGAAAGCGAUCGUCGUCGCCGUAUCACCGUAUCACCGUUUCAUCGUAUCACCGUUUCACCACUCGUUGCGCCAGAGUCGCUGACCGGACGCUCGCCGGUGGUGGCUCGCGGAACUUGCUCGAAAUCUGCGAAAUCUGCGAAAUCUGCAAAAUCUACGAAGUCUACAAAAUAGUCUACGAAAUCUACGAAAUCCGUGAAAUUGCCGAGAUCCGGCGACUUCUCCGUCUCCGGCGACCUUUUCCACAGCGACGAUUCGCUCUCUCUCUCUCUCUCUCUCUCUCUCGGGGACGCGACUCUCGCGCGUGCUUCACGGUUCGAAGAAUCGACUUUGAUAGCGGUUAAUCAAUCUCGAUUUUUGGUCCAUUGGCCGCGCGACGUCUAUGUCCGCCGCGCGUUCGUCAACGGGAAACGGAAAAGUCGUCGUCGAAGCGCCUAAAGCGCGCGUUCGCCAACAAGGUAAACGGACCGACGACCCCUAUCGUUUGCAAUUUACUUUUCCGCUUCGUCUUCUUCGGUCCGGUUCUCGGCUGUCGUUGUCGUUAUUAUUAUUACUAUUAUUAUUACGAUUACGAUUACUAUUACCAUUACCAUUACCAUUACCAUUACCAUUACCGUUACCGUCGUCGUCGUUGUUAUUAUUAUCAUUGUCGUCGACAUCGUACGGUACGACGUUUCCGCUCGAAGCAACGAUGAUAAUAACGAUGAUCAUGAUUAUGAUUACAAUUAUGGUUAUUAUUAUUAUUACUGUAAACCGAUUAUCGUAGAUACAAACCGUUACAAUGAUAUAUAUUUUGUACGAACAAUAACGGAAAGAGUUGUACCACGACGCGACUCCGUGCGGUACAAAGAUCGAGACACCGAGUUCGUGCUCGAUCCGACGCGACGUUCGAUAAAGAAAUAAUAAAGCGCGGACACGCUGUCAAGCACGCA